UAAGUCCAUACGCGACGUUCAGCAUGGCGGGCGGCGCCAGCGGGGUGAGCGGCGAGGCGGGCGGUGGUACGCUGCGCACGUUCGGGCGCGCCGAGCCCGCGCCCCUCGCCGCCGCGCCGCCGCGCGCGCACUCGCACCGCUCGCCGGCACACACGGAUGAAUACACCCUUUCACGAGCGAUGACCCUGAUGGUGCGCCGUACCGAGUCAGACUCAGACUCGAGCGGGUCGCCGUGCGCGGAGUGCAACUCCAGCGUUUCAUACAGGAUGCCGUUAGCGCCUGCGAAAGCAGAGGAGGUUUUCCGCGCUGUGACGGACUCGAGCGCGGAGUCGUGCGGCGGCUCGGGCCCGCGGGACAAGGCGCGGCGCCGUCCGCGGCGACACCACACGCCCAACACCACCAGAUAUCAACAACGGCAAGAACAAGAACGGAGAGAUUUUACUAUCCACGUAUAAAUACGUAGACAAUAAAGACUG